ACAACACCACUCGCCACGUUGUGAGAGUCGAGUCCAUUAGCAACGUUGCUCCUCAUCUUCGGUUUGAACUCGACACACCUUUUAUUUUUAAGAAGAAGACGGGAGACCUGUGGAUUAUGUUGGGGAACCAGACGGAGCUAAACACCAGCAGCGACUGGAUCGCCUACCCCGACGAGCUGCGAAUGCUAAAAACAAAGGGCUUCACCGUGAGGUCCACCAUGAAGAACUACGAGGUGGUGGGUCCUCCGGCUGCCGGCGCUUUCCGGGAACGCCCUUCUAAAGCAACCACCUUUCGCAAGUUCUACGAGCGCGGAGAGUUUCCAAUGGCCCUGGAGCACGACGCCAAAGGCAACCACAUUGCAUGGAAGGUGAAAAUCGAGGAGCUGGACUACCAUCACUUCCUGCCCCUGUUUUUCGACGGCUUGUGCGAGACGGCUCAUCCGUACGAGUUCUUCGCCCGCCAGGGCGUCCAUGACAUGCUGGAGCACGGAGGCCCCAAGAUCCAGCCUGUCAUUCCCCAGCUCAUCAUCCCCAUCAAGAACGCCCUGAACACGAGGAACCGCCAGGUGAUCUGCACCACGCUCAAGGUCCUGCAGCAGCUGGUGAUGUCCGGAGACAAGGUGGGAGCGGCUCUGGUGCGGUACUACAGGCAGAUCCUCCCCAUUUUCAACAUCUUCAAGAACAUGAACAUCAACUCCGGAGAUGGCAUCCACUACAGCCAGCAGAAGAGGGAAAACAUCGGUGACCUGAUCCAGGAGACUCUGGAGGUGUUUGAGCGCUUUGGAGGCGAGGACGCCUUCAUCAACAUCAAAUACAUGGUGCCCACCUAUCAGUCCUGCAUGAAGAGCUGAGGGGGGGGGGUUCGCCUUGACGUUUAAACAGACUCCUCGUUCCCUUUUUCAUCUCCCUCUCUACAUUCCUUCUCUUUUUUUGUUUCUGAACUAAUCCCUAAGAGCCCAUUCAGACCCGGUAUUAGCAUCUGUCCUGAGCGAUCCGAUCACAAGCGGGCGGCUCAGUACGUGUGUGAAGAGCGUGACAUCCGAUCGCUCAGACCACGUCCGGAGGUGGUUUGGUUUGGUGGUUCUCUCGUCUGUCCUUCUCUCUCUCACACCGACACACACACACAAACACAUUAAACCUCUAUUCAGACCAGAUACAGACCGUCCACGUGUGAUCGGCUCUCUCAGGACGGACGUCAACACCGGGUCUGAACUGGGACCGAGACCCAACACUUCCUUCUCUGCUUUGUUUUGCUCCAUCAGCUCAAGUCAUGAGUUAUUCUCUCUUUCUGUAUCUCUGUAAAAGUACAAGUUUGAUAGGACACAUUUUACUUUAAAAAAUAUAAAGCAUGUUCAAUAUACUGUAAUGUUAUUGCUAAUUAUUUUAUCACUUCUGUGAUUUAUUUAGCUGACUGUUACAGAAUCUGUGAUGCUUAGUGGCUUUUACUUUCAAAAUGUAUGAAAACACAUUGAUCUUGAAGUAAAACUUUAAAUUCAGCUUUGGCCUGCUCAAAUUCAUGUGAGCUACAGUAGAUCCCUCAGCACGGUGACAAGAUUUCAGGAGGAAUAAGAGUUGACACAGGUCCACGGAAACUUCUCAAACCGCUCCUGCAGCAUUUUUUGGGGUUGAUUUACAGCUAAAGCUUCAUCCACAUUGUUUCGCCCGCCGUCCACACUACGGAGUUUUUGAGCGCCUAAAAUGGAGAAGUUUGGAAAUGCUGCUUGUCCAGUUUUAAUUGAAAAGCUCCGGGGCUGUAGGCUGUUGUAAGUAUAGACGGGCGCCCGCAUUUGCUUCCUGGUUGAUUCUUAUCAGCCGCAACUCGAGCCCUUACGACCAAUGACUAUUCCACCUCGUCGUCGCUACCAGAAAAGAAAAGCCUGUAUCUUUACUUUUCAUCAUUGCUGUUCCUCGUUAUUGUACUUUCUGUAACUAAACAACCGACUGCAAUAAUAAUAAUAAUAAUAAAUUUCAUUUAGAGCAGACAAUCUGCUUCCUGCUUCCACUGGCGCACACAUGCGCAGUGUAUGUGAAUGGCCAUGUGAUAUGUGAUUUUGUGUGUGUUAUGGACAGUCGACUGCGAGCUGGGAUCGUUUUAAAACUAAAACUAAAACAUAUCAGUCUGGAUGAAGUGUCAACAGGUGCUCAAACCACUCCUGCAGCCUGUUUUUGUUGAUUUACAGCCACAUGUUAACCACUCUUAACACAGGCUCUCUGAGAUCAUCACGCAUAUUUUGGAAUAUUGAUAUAAAGUAUUUUAUGUCCUCGUGCUGAAACGGAAAAUGAAUGAAAGCCACUAUCUCGACACCACAAAGCUUUGAAUUGAAAAGGUGCUAAUAAAGGAAGAGGAAGAAACAAA